CUUCUUCCACAUAGACGCAUUUUCUAGGGUUUGGUUUCGGUGAUUUGAAGCCAUGCACGUGGAGGCUCCGAUGAUUUCGAAAUCCUGUACGUUCACCUCUAAACCACCACAACUCUUUUCCUCCUCCAACACAGUCACUGGUGCUCCGUCCAGCAAAGGCUAUAGCUCCCAGGAGACAGGAACUGAUGCUCCGGUGGAAGGUGGAUGGAGGUUUGCUGCGGCGACGACGGUGCAGAAGUUUUAUCGGAGACAUCGCGCCAGGCGUACGUUAGCGGACUUCAAAGUGAGAGCCAAGGAAGAAUACUGGCGGCAAGCGAUCGAGUUUGCUCGGUUGCAUCGCAGUACAAUCUCCUUCUUCUGCUCCUCUAGGCCGGAGAACGCGGCUUCCAAAUGGAAACGAACCAGCUGGCAUGCUUCCAAGGUUGGCAAGGGUUUGUCCAAGGAAGAAAGAGCACAAAUUCUGGCUUUCCAAUACUGGAUUGAAGCUAUUGAUCCAAGGCAUCGGUAUGGCCAUUACUUGCGUAUGUACUACGAGGAGUGGUCUAAAAGCGGAGCUGAUCAGCCCUUCUUCUACUGGUUGGAUGUUGGCGAUGGCAAAGGAGUUGAUCUAAAAGAAUGUCCAAGAUCAAAGCUCCGACAGCUCUGCAUCAAAUAUCUUGGACCUCUAGAGAGAGAAGCUUAUGAAUACAUCGUCAGGGAGGGUAAAGUAGUGCACAGACGAAGCGAGAAAUUUCUUCACACAAAUGAAGGAUUAAUGAACGACGCAAAAUGGAUAUUUGUUAUGAGCACCUCCAAGGAGCUCUAUGUUGGUCAGAAAAAGAAAGGAAAAUUUCAUCACUCAAGCUUCCUUGCCGGAGGGGCCACUUUAGCUGCUGGAAGGAUUGAUGCAGAUCAUGGAAAGCUUAAGUCCAUAUCGCCACACAGCGGGCAUUACCGCCCAACUUAUGACAACUUCACCAUCUUUUUGUCAUUUCUCAAGGAAAAUGGAUUUAACCUUGACGAUGUUGAAGUACAGGAGCCAGAGGCAGAACCAGAUCAAUCAACAUUUAUAGGGGUGCCAAUAAUUUUGAAUAAUACCAAAAAGUAUUAAAAAAAAAAAAAGAGUGUAAAAUCAACCGUACGUAAUUAGGUGCUAACAAAAUAAUGUUAUCAGAAAUAACAAAAGUUAUAAUUAAGUACAAAUAAAAUUUUUGAAUAUCACUAACUUAAUAACAUA